CAGUAGUAUACGGAUUCCCUAUUCGAAGGAGUCACUCUCGUCCAGUUGCAUUGUACUACUAUCCUACCACCAGAAGAAGUCAAGUGCUCAGUAUACAUUCCACCAGAGAUCAGGUUAAUCAGGCGCCAUGGCUCAAUGAUACCACCGUAGCCACAAAUAGCUCCUCUUGUAGACGACCGUGCAUAAUCAGCCUCACGAUGAACAACUUGUUAGAAGCUGAAUGGACCACCUGAACGAGGGAAGUAAAUUGACAUCAUAUGAGUUGUGUUGUACAGAGGAUCGCCAACACGCGCUGGCACUGAUUGAGUUAAAAGAAUCCCGGGUCAAGACGCGGGGAAGCGCAGGCAAACGAUUCGCAGCCGAAAUGACAGUUGUUUUUCAUUGGCAUAUAGAUGCUACCAUCCGUCUCGGGCCAGGCAAUUCGAGCCGUGGUAUGUUACUUCUAAUGCAUAUUUAGGAACGCAGUAUAAGGCACUUGACGUCCCCGACGAUCCUUGAAGUUCCAACUGAUAGAUGUAUGAUUCUUAUCUACCUACUUACCAGUAAAGAAACAUUUCGUUGCAUCCUCCUCCUUGGAUCGUACACUCCUUUUGCGCUCGGCGCAGCUGCUGUCAUAUCACUAUGACCAGGAAACAAUACAGACCACCCGACACAUCAUCCAUGCACUCUUCGAAACACUCGGAGGUAUCUCGACUACUCGAAGAGCACAACCUCCAAUUUACAUUCCACAGGAAUGACGAAGACAGUGGAUGUACCAAGUCACACGAUACAGCCAUUAUGGGCCGGUUUAUAUGCCAUAAUCCAAAAUGCGUAACAAAUGGAUGGAGCAGCAGGCAGAUCGCAAUCACAAUCCGGAUGUACCCCAGACGUGAAUAUAACGCAAAGGUCUACCACCAGCGCUGCAAGAGUUGUGGCAGCCUCAGCAAACCAAUAUUAGACGACACAUACGCCGAGCGAGUUGCAUAUUGGAUCAAGAAGUGGUGUGGGAUUCAGCAGGAGAAACCACCUCAUUCAGGCAAGAGUAAAGGACCGCAUCAGAAACGGUUCUGUGAGGGCUGCAAGGCGGGCCAUUGCUCACAACUGCAAUACCAAUGAAGGGCGAGCUUGUCUAACUAUCGCCGAGAACCACACUAGCCGGAAGGAAGGACAGUUGGUCAAAGGAUACAUGAUAGUGUGCGCGGGUCGGUCUUAGUAUAUUGGUUAAGGGAUCCAUCAAGUAUCUUUCAUUAUACCGAUGGGCUUUACAGGCUUGUUGUUGGCCGAUUUUCAGCGUUGGAUUGCAUAUGCUUGAGAUAUGAUAGAUAUCUUUGGACACUGGAGGACAUGAGGUACGCUAUACUAAUGGGGUUACACUGGAAUAUGGGAUUUGGCCCUUACUUGUGUUGUGUACGGUCUGGGAGUUCAUAAGAAUUCUUUUAUAGGUCCCCUGUAUGCCUUUCCUCACUUGCUAGGUGGAAUAACCUGUAGCAGAUAGUAAUUGAGAAAACCUUGACG